CUGCUUGUAACUCUGCUUCCAACUGCCAAUCUCUGCUUUCUCCCUCCAAAGCUCUCUCUCUCUCUCUCACUCUCUUCAAAUGGCCUUAGCUGAAUUCUCUCCUUCCUCCACCAAAACUCGUUUAAUUCCAUCUCAGCUCUCUUCAAAAUCCACAACCACCCAUCUCUAUAGCGGCUACCGCCUUCCUGUUCUGCGGUCGCGCCGCCUCAAAAGUGCCAAAGUCUUCUGUUCUGUAGCACCCAACCAAGUACAAGCACCCGCUGUUGCUCCCACACCAACCAACAAGGCCAACAAGGCUGAAUGCUUCGGCGUCUUCUGUGUUACCUACGACCUCAGGGCGGAAGAGACGACGAAAUCAUGGAAGAGUUUAAUCAAUAUUGCAGUUUCGGGUGCAGCGGGGAUGAUAUCUAACCAUUUGCUUUUCAAACUUGCAUCUGGUGAGGUUUUUGGACAAGACCAACCUAUCGCCUUGAAACUAUUGGGAUCAGAAAGGUCAUUCCAAGCUCUUGAGGGAGUUGCUAUGGAAUUGGAGGACUCCUUAUAUCCUUUAUUGAGGGAAGUCAGCAUAGGCAUCGAUCCUUAUGAAGUGUUCCAGGAUGUAGAAUGGGCUCUUUUGAUUGGGGCAAAGCCUCGAGGACCUGGAAUGGAGCGUGCUGAUUUACUAGAUAUAAAUGGACAGAUCUUCGCUGAACAGGGAAAAGCACUCAAUGCCGUUGCAUCCCGUAAUGUUAAAGUGAUAGUUGUUGGAAACCCAUGCAAUACGAAUGCUUUAAUUUGUUUGAAAAAUGCACCAAACAUACCCGCAAAGAAUUUCCAUGCCUUAACAAGGUUGGAUGAAAACAGGGCAAAAUGCCAGCUUGCCCUUAAAGCAGGUGUAUUUUAUGAUAAGGUGUCAAAUGUGACCAUUUGGGGAAACCACUCCACCACUCAGGUUCCAGAUUUUCUGAAUGCUAGAAUUAAUGGCGUACCUGCGAAGGAAGUCAUCAAAGACCCCAAGUGGUUACAGGAAGAAUUCACUGAAAGGGUUCAGAAGCGUGGAGGUGUGCUAAUCCAAAAAUGGGGGAGAUCUUCGGCUGCCUCAACUGCCGUGUCGAUUGUUGAUGCCAUGAGAUCCCUUGUAACUCCCACUCCUGAAGGCGAUUGGUUUUCUACUGGGGUUUAUACCAAUGGAAAUCCUUAUGGUAUAGCAGAGGAUAUCAUUUUCAGCAUGCCAUGCAGAUCGAAGGGUGAUGGUGAUUAUGAACUAGCCAAAGAUGUAAUCUUUGAUGAUUUCCUCCGCAGUCGUAUAAAAAGGACUGAAGCUGAGUUGCUUGCUGAAAAAAGAUGUGUUGGCCACCUUACAGGGGAGGGUAAUGCAUAUUGCGAUCUCCCUGGGGACACCAUGCUUCCUGGAGAACAGUAGCACUAAUGAGAUUGAAGUCUUCUAAAGGCAUUCAAUAUUUAUCCUCUUCGAAAGAGCUGAUAUUUGGCAUCAAAAUAAGCUACUCUUCACUUCUAUAUUUACAUGUACUUAUAGCCCACGAUUGGGAGUAGUCAAGAACUUACAGAAGGAAAUAAUGUGUUGCUCUCAACCCACUGCCAAUUUGUGAGGUCCUAAUGGCCUCGAAUGAGUAGCUUUGAGAUUGUUUGGCGGAUUUAAAAUAAAUAUAGAUUUGGAUCUAAUGUAUGAUAUUCUAUUUCUAUAACUACAACAUUUCACUGUUUUUUGGGUGUUCUUAAUGCCCAAGAACAUAUGAGCCGACUGUUCGCACGAUUCUCAGCGGUGAUUCAAGAUUCCUCCAGCGGCGGAAUGGUUUAGAAAGGUGUGCAAAUUUUUAUCAUUGGCUUAAUUGUUGCAUGAAACUUUCUGGCUUUCAUAGUCAAUGUAUUCUAUGUUAAUUGAGUAUUUAUUCUAUGUUAAUUGAGUUUUUGCA